GCUGGGGACCCCCCCGCCCGGGAUAUUCCAAAGCCGGGAAUGCGCCAGGAGCAGCGCGACCACCGCCGUGGGGCCCCAGGAUCGCUCUUCCUGCAGAAUUCCAAGGAUUUCCUCGCCAUGACUCUGGCCGCCUACAAGGAGAAGAUGAAGGAGCUGCCGCUCGUCUCCCUCUUCUGCUCCUGCUUCCUGUCGGAUCCGCUCCACAAGCCCAACUACGCCUACGAAGACACGGUGGACCUGACGUGGUGCGUGAUCUCCGACAUGGAAGUGAUCGAGCUGAGCAAGCGCGCCUCCGGGCAAUCCUUCGAGGUCAUCCUGAAGCCGCCCUCCUUCGACGGAAUUCCGGAAUUCAACGCCUCCCUGCCCCGGCGCCGCGACCCUUCCCUGGAGGAGAUCCAAAAGAAGCUGGAAGCGGCGGAGGAGAGGAGGAAGUACCAGGAGGCGGAGCUGCUGAAGCACCUGGCGGAAAAGCGGGAGCACGAGCGGGAAGUGAUCCAGAAGGCCAUCGAGGAGAACAACAACUUCAUCAAGGCGGCCAAGGAGCGGCUGGAGCAGAGGAUGGAAUCCAACAAGGAAAACCGGGAAGCGCACCUGGCCGCCAUGCUGGAGCGCCUCCAGGAGAAGGACAAGCACGCGGAAGAAGUGAGGAAAAACAAGGAGCUGAAGGAAGAGGCCUCCAGGUAAAGAGGCGCCGCUGGGACUGACGGAUCCGGGGCAGGUUCCGGAGGCUCCGGCGGCUCCGGGUUGGGAACGGCGCGGGAAUGGCGGACGUUUCCUUCUUUGUUCGUGGAUGCGGCCGAGCCGAAGCCGGGGGGGGGCGAAGCCGUCGGAGUCGUCGUCGUCGUCGUCGUCGUCGUUCCGGG